AAACGUACGGCUUCUACAGGGAAGUGUUAAGGGGGAAGUUUUCGCCGAGCCAGGAAGUGUCCUAACAGAUUGUAAGAGCCCCUCCUUCUCCUGUCCCAUCCCUACCAGUCCUAGCAGACUCCGAGACAUCUCUUCACAUUCAAUUCAAGGAGGAGGACUGCGGGUCAGCCUCGGGGCAUGCGAUAGUCUAGACUAUUAAAUCCAACUCCCGGGCAUGGCAUCCAUUAACAAAAAUGGGAGUAGCUCCCGUCUGCAGAGCCGGAAGCCACCAAAUCUCUCCAUUACCAUCCCUCCCACGGAGGGUGAACGAGACGCAAAACUGACACAGCCACUUACCAAACCGAUAUAUCAGAAGAGCGUUAGUCUGCAAGAGCCGCGCAGUCAUGGCAUGGAGGGGAGCGCCACCGGCGAGAGGCCAGCCUUUAGAAGACAGACGUCACUCUCCCAAAGCAUAAAAAAGGGAACAGCCCAGUGGUUUGGCGUAAGCAAUGACUGGGAAGGAAAGCGGCAGCAGUGGCAGCGUAAGAGCCUCCAUCACUGUAGCCUCCGUUAUGGAAAACUCAAGCCUCAGUACCAGCGUGACAUUGAGCUGCCAAGCCAGGAAACCCCAUCUUUCCAGGCCACAGAUUCCCCUGCUACGUGUCGUAUGCCUAAGAUUGUGGAUCCAUUGGCACGAGGAAGGGCUUUCCGGCAUCCAGACGAGGUGGAUCGGCCAAGGACCCCACACGUGGGCUUGGCCCCUCUUACCCCAGGAGUCAUGUCUCUCACGUCCUUUACUAGCGUGCGUUCGGGAUACAGCAGAUUUCCACGCCGCAAGAGAGAGAGCGUAGCUCACAUGAGUUUUCGGGCUGCAGCUGCUAUUAUUAAGGGUCGUCCAAUUCUAGAUACCCCCCACAGUAAACGUGCGGGUUUUAAGAGAAGCUUUGCCUAUCCCAGCUUUAUGGAUGAGGACACAGUGGAUGUCCCCGACACUUUGGACUCUUCGUUUUUCAGUAAGGUGGACAUGCAUGACGAGACUUUCUCCAUGCCAGAUGAUGUCUUUGAGUCACCUCCUCUCUCAGCACCUUAUUUCCGCGCUCACGUGCCAACCCCAGAAGACAAGCCAGAUGGACCAAUAACAACAGUUAAAGACGCUUUAAAGCCUUCCCAGGCCCCAGUCAGCCAGCCUCGCAGGGGCAAACGUAUUGCAUCCCAGGUGAAGCAUUUUGCGUUUGACCGGAAGAAACGUCUGUAUGGUCUCGGGGUCGUGGGGAACUGGCUGAAUAGAACGUACAGACGGAGCAUCAGCAGCACCGUGCAGAGUCAGCUGGAACACAUCGACAGCCACAGACCUUACUUUACAUACUGGAUAACCUUUGUACACAUCCUCAUUACCCUCCUCGCCAUCGGUACAUACGGCAUUGCUCCCAUUGGCUUCGCUCAGCAUACCACCAGUGAACUGGUACUCCGUAACAAAGGCGUGUACGAAAGCGUGAAAUAUAUACAGCAGGAAAACUUUUGGAUAGGUCCUAGUUCAAUCUCUCUUAUCCACCUGGGGGCAAAAUUCUCUCCCUGCAUACGAAGGGAUGUCCAAAUAGAACAACUUAUUCGGAAGCAGCAUGACCUGGAACGAGAGUCUGGCUGUUGCGUUCAGAAUGAUAACUCUGGCUGCGUACAGACCUUGAGUAAAGACUGUUCGGAGACUUUGGCAACAUUUAUCAAGUGGCCAGAGAGCAAUGCUCCGUUACUGCAUGAGGACACCGAUCAGAAAAGGCGAUCUGGAGCCGUGUGUCAUCAAGAUCCAAGAACUUGCGAGGAACCAGCCUCCAUCCGACCUCAUGUUUGGGCUGAUGACAUCACUAAGUGGCCUAUUUGCACAUUUCAGCCUACGAAUAACCACACUGGUUUAAAGCACAUGGACUGUGAAAUAAAAGGGAGACCGUGCUGCAUUGGUACCAAGGGAAGUUGUGAGAUAACAACAAGGGAAUAUUGUACCUUCAUGCACGGGUACUUCCAUGAAGAAGCCACUCUCUGCUCACAGGUUCACUGUCUGGAUGAGGUUUGUGGCCUGCUGCCAUUUUUAAAUCCUGAAAUUCCAGAUCAGUUUUACAGACUCUGGCUAUCUCUGUUCCUUCAUGCUGGGAUUAUUCACUGUUUGGUGUCGGUGAUCUUCCAAAUGACAGUCUUGCGUGACCUAGAGAAGCUUGCAGGUUGGCUACGAAUCUCCAUCAUCUACCUGUUAAGUGGCAUCACAGGGAACUUGGCCAGUGCCUUAUUUGUGCCCUAUAGAGCUGAGGUUGGACCUGCUGGUUCCCAGUUUGGUCUCUUGGCGUGCCUGUUUGUGGAGCUGUUCCAGAGCUGGCAGAUCUUGGCCAAACCGUGGAAGGCCUUCUUUAAACUCCUGGGCAUCGUUUUAUUUCUCUUCAUCUUCGGUCUCCUCCCCUGGAUUGAUAACAUAGCCCAUAUCUUUGGAUUCAUCAGUGGUCUCCUUCUUUCUUUCGCCUUCCUCCCGUACAUCACAUUUGGUGCAGCUGACAAGUUCCGCAAGAGAGCCGUGAUCAUAUUUGCGCUGUUGGGAUUUGUUGGACUCUUUUCUUCUUUAGUCAUUUGGCUGUAUGUUCAUCCCAUCAACUGGUCAUGGAUUGAAUACCUUACUUGUAUACCCUUCACCAACAAAUUCUGCGAGAAGUACGAUAUAGACCAGGUGCUUCACUGAACUCUGUUAACCCUUCCAGUGAAGGUCGGACAUCUUGUUCUAUCUGGCUUGGAGGCUUUCCAAAGUCCUGAAUGGGUCAUGCUUUAUUCAUGCCUAAUGAGUACAAUGCAUAAAAACACCUAGUUAAAGGGUGUUCGUAGAGCUGACAUUUUUUUCACAGUAAGUAAAUAAUGUUGCCAGAAGGCUUUAGUCAGAUCUGAGCCAAGCUUAGUAGAUACCCAGAAGUGUCCCAAGACGCAGUUUGAACUGUGCAAAUGGUUUGGAGGACCCAAGAGUGAUGCUUAACCAGAACUUCUUUGAAACGGCCUUCAUAUACAUUCGCACCUCAGGAAUCAAACUAGACCUUGUGAACAGAAAGUUGAAGCAGAGCGGUCAGUAUCGGGGG